CGGAGUCGACAUUCUGACAGGGAGUAGAGUAGAAGGGGGACGGUCCGAAAAGUGGCGCACAAGGAUAACAGGAGGGAGCAUGUCGCCGGUGGCAUCGAUCGGGAAGGUCGGACUCUGCGAUCCCCACGGGGCAUGAUGUCAAUGAGUGAGAGGGAGAUGCUCCGGCCACCGGGAAACGGACAGCAGGCGGGAACAUCGUACAGCAACAACGGGAUAUAACCGGUUAUCUUUCACCUCAGUCCUCCGUCGUUCUUCUGUGAAAGAGCUCUGGGGCUAUGGCGUGCCCUUCGUUUCUGUUGCGGGCUGCAGCCUCGUUGCCGCCUUCGCUGGCCAAAACCUCAUUGCUGCCGUCGCGAGCACCCAGAUCGGACAGGAAGUUGUCAUUCGCGACAUUCCAUCCUUCCCGACGCUGUGAAAAUCGACCGAAACGAUCUCCAAUCGCGUCGAAAUUGCAGAUUCUUGUGCGAACCUCGUCAUCGUCUGUUCCUGGCUCGAUGGCGGAGGAUUUGAAGGCUCUGAAGUUAGCUGACGCGACCGGGUUGGAAGAAAAUGGGAGUAGUAGCAAGGAAUCCGCCGCGGCAGGUGUUGGACAAAGUCGCAGUGAUGUGGUACAGAAAUCCGAAGUGAAUGGUGGCUCCUCGUCUUCAUCCAGUAAGAAGAGGACUCUUGAGGAGCUGAGAUGGGAUCACUCGUUCGUGAAUGAGCUUCCUGGGGAUCCCAGGACUGGCGGUCCGGUUCGCCAGGUUUUGCAUUCAUGCUACACGAAAGUAACCCCUUCUGCUGCUGUGGAUGAUCCGCAACUGGUCGCCUGGUCUGAACCUGUGUCACAGAUUCUGGACCUUGACCCUAAGGAAUUCGAAAGACCCGACUUUGCGCAGUUUUUCUCUGGAGCAACCUUACUAAAGGACAGCCUACCUUAUGCCCAAUGUUAUGGAGGACAUCAGUUUGGCGUUUGGGCUGGACAGCUCGGUGAUGGUCGUGCAAUUACUCUGGGAGAAGUCUUAAAUGAGAAGGGAGAACGCUGGGAGCUACAACUUAAAGGAGCGGGUAAAACUCCCUACAGUCGAUCGGCUGAUGGCCUCGCUGUACUCCGUAGUAGUGUGAGGGAGUUUCUUUGUAGUGAGGCCAUGCACCACCUAGGAAUACCUACAACGAGGGCCCUAUGUCUCGUGACAACUGGUGCAAGCGUAGAACGGGAUAUGUUUUAUGAUGGACAUCCAAAACUGGAGCCUGGUGCUGUUGUGUGUCGCGUUUCUCCAUCAUUUCUUCGCUUUGGAUCAUAUCAGAUUCACGCAGCCCGAGCUGAAGAAGACUUGCAAAUAGUUCGCCAGGUGGCAGAUUAUACUAUACGCCACCAUUACCCACAGUUUGUCGACUUACCCUUCGAGCGACAAGUUUUUGACGAGUCUACUGAAGCAGGACCAAGUGAUACUCCUCUCGAGGUUGACAUAACGAAGAACAAAUAUGCAUCUUGGUUUACCGAGGUAGCAGAACGCACGGCCAUCAUGAUUGCAAAAUGGCAAGGUGUUGGUUUUACCCAUGGAGUGAUGAAUACGGACAAUAUGAGCAUCUUGGGUUUGACCAUUGACUACGGACCUUUUGGAUUCUUGGAUGCUUUUGAUCCGAAGUUCACCCCGAACACGACUGAUCUGCCUGGCAGACGAUACUGCUUUGCGAACCAGCCGGACAUCGGCUUGUGGAACUCAAUGCAGUUAGCCAACACAUUGCACUCUGCUGGUCUGAUCUCCACGGAUGAAGCACAGUAUGGUCUUGGGAGGUACGCCGAUAAGUUUAUGGAAGAGUACAGGCAGCACAUGAGUCACAAGAUGGGGUUGAAGGAGUACAACAAGGAGCUGCUGACAAAAUUGCUCAAUAACCUGGCGGUAGACAAGGUCGACUACACCAAUUUCUUUCGGGCUCUAGGAAAUGUUAGCAGCGCAUCGGAUAUCGCUGACGACAAUAUAUGGCUACCUUUGAAGCCGGCAUUGUUGGAUUUGAGCAAGGAAAGGAAGAAAGUCUGGGUGGAGUGGUUGAGGGAGUACACACGACAGCUUGCUGGACAGGGCAUUCCUGAUGAAGAGAGGAAGGUGGCUAUGAACAAGGUUAAUCCUAAGUACAUUUUGAGAAAUUACUUGUGCCAGACUGCCAUCGAUCAAGCAGAGCAAGGAGAUUACAGCGAAACGUACAGAUUGCUGAAGGUUAUGCAGCGGCCUUAUGAUGAUCAGCCCGGAAUGGAAAUAUAUGCUAGACUACCCCCUGCCUGGGCCUAUCGACCAGGGGUGUGCAUGUUGUCAUGCUCCUCUUAAGUCAUCAACAGAUUAUGUGGAGAGCUAGCUAAGGUAGAUUUGUUACAAAGAUGUAUAGUCUAUGCGAUUCAAGAUUCUGUAUAGAAGACAGGUUGGUUGAACCAGCAGACCCUUUUCUAUGAGGUGAUUGUGCAUACCAUGGGAAAGAUGAUAAUAAUCGUAGCAUUCAUGUGGGCGUGAAGAUCUAUGCACAAUCUGUGCGUGAGGAUCCAUAGAUUCACCCGCCUCCUUUGUAUUAUCAUGGCUCUUAGAUUUACUGAAAUUUAUACUUUGAUUCAUUAAGUCGGAAGAUGAUAGUUUACCUGG